CCAGGAGACGUGCUUUGCGUUUCCCGGGGGGCAUUAACCCCGCCCGUAUGAGUGGGUGCUCUCCACCAGCUGUAUAUUUCCGGAAGGAGUUUGGGUUUAGGGGACUAUUCAUCUUUUUGGUUCGGUCUGUGAGAGAUGUUGGCGUUUAUGUUUACCUCUAAACUAAUGUCUUGCUGGCAACGUAAAUGACUGUUUCUCUCCGAAACGCUAAAUAUUUUCAUCCUCAGGUGCUCGUAUCCUUAUUUUCCAUGACAGAUCUUGAAGACAGUGUAUGCCAAAGAUACAUAAAGAUGAUAACUAAUAUAGUUAUAUUGAGCCUGAUAAUUUGCAUUUCUUUAGCUUUCUGGAUUAUGUCCAUGACUGCAAGCACCUAUUAUGGUAACUUACGGCCUGUUUCUCCUUGGCGUUGGCUGUUUUCUGUUGUCGUUCCUGUUUUGAUCGUCUCUAAUGGCUUUAAAAAGAAAAGUCUAGAUCACAGUGGGGCUUUAGGAGGGCUAGUGGUUGGAUUUAUCCUAACCAUUGCAAAUUUCAGCUUUUUUACCUCUUUGCUGAUGUUUUUCCUUUCUUCUUCGAAACUCACUAAAUGGAAGGGAGAAACAAAGAAGCGUCUAGAUUCAGAAUAUAAAGAAGGCGGGCAAAGGAAUUGGGUUCAGGUGUUCUGUAAUGGAGCUGUGCCCACAGAGCUGGCCCUGUUAUACAUGAUAGAAAAUGGUCCUGGGGAAAUCCCAAUUGAUUUUUCCAAGCAGUACACUGCUUCCUGGAUGUGUUUGUCUCUGUUGGCUGCACUUGCCUGCUCUGCUGGAGAUACAUGGGCUUCAGAAGUUGGCACAGUUCUAAGUAAAAGCCCACCAAGGCUGAUAACGACCUGGGAGAAAGUUCCAAUUGGGACCAAUGGAGGAGUUACAGUGGUGGGCCUUGCCUCCAGUCUGCUUGGUGGUACCUUUGUGGGCAUCGCAUACUUCCUCACACAGUUGGUUUUUGUGAAUGACUUAGACAUUUCUGCUCCCCAGUGGCCAAUUAUUGCAUUUGGGGGUCUAGCUGGAUUGCUAGGAUCAAUUGUGGACUCAUAUUUAGGUGCUACAAUGCAGUUUACUGGUUUGGAUGAAAACACUGGCAUGGUAGUCAACAGACCAACGAAUGAGGCAAAGUACAUAGCAGGGAAACCCAUUCUUGAUAACAACGCAGUGAAUCUGUUUUCUUCUGUCCUUGUUGCCCUCUUGCUCCCAACUGCUGCUUGUGGUUUUUGGCCCAGGGAAUGAACUUUAUUUCAUUUCCUUAGGUUGAAACUGAGUGGGCAGUUAAUGUUAAAACACUUUUCAUGGAAAGAUCUCCAUGUAAUAGUAUAGUAAAACAAUAUGUGUUGCCUACCUAGGCAGCAUAAAGUUGUACUGUUUCUUCUACACUGUUACACGGUAGAAGAAAGGAGUGUGUAUGUGGCCCAGGGCAGCUCCUGAAGGAGAAUUUCUGGAGUAUGUUGAAGACCUAUCAAAUGGAGUCACCAGGAGAGCAAAGAAUUGACACAGCAGGUCAUUCCAGUCUUAGCUUUUCUCAUUACUUGAGUUAUAUGCCACAUAUAUCUGUUUCUCAUUUCUAGCUGCUAUGUAUGUACGAUGCUGGCUUCAGAAACGCCAACCCCACCCCAAUUAGAUAAAAGACUACUAUAGAAAAAAAUCAUGUGAAAUGAGAUGUUUUAAACUUUGACAAAUGCCUGCAAUAUGAGCAGCUGCUGCCUGUUAUGCACAGUGGGUAUAAUAGGGCCCAAUCAUCUGAUCUUCCUGAUGUUGUAUCUCAUAUUCCCACUGCCAUCACGUGAGAAUGGACUAUAUUACCCACCAAAUCCCAGGUGAAUCGUGUGUGGUUUAAAAAUGAAAACAUAAUUAUGCAGUCUAAAUAUUAAAUCUCCUUAUGGUGUCGCUAUUGUGAUAACUCCAAGUAGUAAUGAAUAUUUUUUAAAUGCAUGCAUUCAGUAUGUGUUUAUUGAAUUAAGUUGUUUGACUCUAAUUAGUGUUUUUUGUUUUUUUUUUUGAGGGGUACUGAAAGAUGAUAAUCAGCAACAUAUUCCUGAAAGGAAACAAAAAAGAUAAAACUAGUUUGGCUACCUGAAUAUCUAAGGCCUGUGAUGAUUGCAACAUUUCUUAAUCAUAUGAAACAAUUUUAAUGGUUUUGAAACUAAUGAGUUAGGAAAUCAUUGUUGGAGUGCAGGAGUGGCAGGGCAAGGCUCAUGAAAUUAUCUUCCCUGACAAGACUAAAUCUCCCUUUAUCAUAACUGCUCCCUUCAAAUUUUGUUUUAUAAAUAUGACAACACUUUAAGUUUGUAUUUUUUUGUUUUUAUUAAUGUCUAAUUUCUUAGGUAACACUAAAUCUAUUCUUUCUGAAAAUUUCAACAUUAGAAAUAAAGCUAAAAUAUUAUUUACCCCUUCA